UUACAGCGAUACGCUCCGUCUCGAUGCGAGAGCUGUUCGAAGAAAAUAUCUUCUUCUUCUUCUUCUUCAUCUUCGAGAGCUGCUCCGUUAGGGUUUCGGAAGAAGCUUCAGGAGGCUCGCAUCGGCCGCCUCCCAGAAGGCGUAAAAGAGGAAUUGCAGAGCUGUGCGAAAAGUUGCUUCUGCGAAAAAUGAGGCCUAUCUUCUGUGGGAAUUUUGAGUAUGAUGCCAGACCAUCUGAAUUGGAAAGACUUUUCCGCAGAUAUGGAAAAGUCGAUAAGGUGGAUAUGAAGUCUGGAUUCGCUUUUGUCUACAUGGACGAUGAGAGAGAUGCUGAGGAUGCAAUCCGUGGACUGGACCGGAUAGAAUUUGGUCGAAAGGGACGCAGGCUUCGUGUGGAAUGGACCAAGCACGAACGUGGCGUAAGAAAGCCUAGUGGUUCAAGGCGAUCCUCAACAACCAUGAGACCCUCAAAGACCUUGUUCGUUAUUAACUUUGAUACUUAUCAGACCAGAACUAGGGAUCUGGAGAGGCACUUUGAGCCAUAUGGGAAGAUCGUCAGUGUUAGGAUUAGAAGGAAUUUUGCAUUCGUCCAGUAUGAGUAUCAAGAGGAUGCUACAAAAGCAUUGGAUGCUACAAAUAUGAGCAAGCUGAUGGAUCGAGUGAUAUCAGUGGAAUAUGCUGCUCGAGAUGAUGAUGAUAAGAAGGAUGGGUACAGCCCAGACAGAGGUCGUGGCAGGUCACCUGAAAGAGGUUAUGAUAGGAAGCGGUCUCCUAGUCCUUAUAAAAGAGACAGAGGUAGCCCUGAUUAUGGUCAAGGUGCUAGUCCUUCUCGAAGAGAGAGGGGAAGUCCUAAUUAUGGUCGUGAAUCUAGCCCCAUUGACCGUCAGGCACGGAGAGCAAGCCCAAACUACGGUCGAGGUUCGAGCCGCAGUCCUCGUCGAAGGGAGAGAUCUCUUUCUGGGGGUAGCCGCAGCCGCAGCCGCAGCUGCAGCCGAAGUCCAUAUAAGAGGCAGAUGGUCAGCCGAGGUAAUGGUCGUGACCGUAGCCACAGCCCAUAUGAAAAACCAGCAGUGGGACCUAACAAUGGUCCCGACCGCAACAGGAGUCUUGACAGGGGAGAGGAAAGCCCUGAAAAUGGUCGUGAGCCCCUUACGGAUCGUAAUGGGGAUGCUGCCCGUGAUGUUGGUGUAGAAAGUCCUGCAUCAGGGGGGCGCCACAGCUAUUCACCUGCAGCAGAGGAUUGAAGUUUGUGCUGGCGAGUGAAGAAGGAACUUUUACCUAGUUACAUCAAUGUCUUUCAUUAGCAUUCAAGUUUUUAAUUUUGUUCUUUCUUUGCUGACUGCUUCGGAUUGAAGUGUUAGUGGGAUCCAAUUUAAGACCUGCAUAGUAGUUGUUGCGGAUAGACGUUGAUUGUUGUAAGUUCCUUUCAUUUCAUGGAGAUUUAAUAGUCCUUUCAAAUUCUGAUGAAUCGAAUCUCUCUUAUAUUGAUGGCCAUGGGGCACACAUUAUCGUAA